AUGGCUUUGCGUCUUGCCGGUUGGUUUUCAGCUUGCGGAUGCAGAGGUGGGGCGCUAGCGGCGGCGCGGGGAUCCAUCGCCGCACUGUUGCGGGCGCGUGCCUUCGCCCUUGUGUCGCCACGCGCUUUAUCAGCAUACAGAGCGCGACCGACUUCUGAAAGCGGGCGAGUGGGCGCGCAAUACGAGCGUGCGGCCGCUCGGCCUGGAACACCGCUGCGCCUGGCCGGCGUAUUCGCCGAUGGCAGCAAAGCGAAGGCGCCUAAAUACGCUCAGCUUAUAGAUCCGCAGGGGAACGUAAUAGCUGUAUGCUUCGUCCAAAAAAAUCAGAGAAAGGACAGUGCAACUCACAGGAACAAUAAACCUUUUAUAUUAUGGAGACGUUACAUUAAUGAUAAGGCUAAACGAGGAUUAACGUGUGGUGAUGAAUGA